AUGGCGGAAACGACGGAGAAAAAGUACAUUACAAACGAAGAUCUGAGAAAACACAACAAAUCUGGAGAUCUAUGGAUCGCGAUUCAAGGCAAAGUCUAUAACGUCUCCGAUUGGAUCAAAACUCAUCCCGGUGGCGAUACGGUGAUUCUCAAUCUCGUUGGUCAAGACGUAACCGAUGCGUUCAUCGCAUUCCAUCCCGGAACCGCUUGGCACCAUCUCGACAAUCUCUUCACCGGUUACUACCUCAGAGAUUUCGAAGUCUCCGAAGUCUCACGCGAUUACCGUCGCAUGGCUGCAGAGUUUCGAAAACUCGGCCUCUUCGAUAACAAAGGUCAUGUCACUCUCUAUACUGUAGCUUUUAUCGCCGCUAUGUUCGCCGGAGUUUUAUACGGUGUUUUGUGUUGUACCUCUGUAAUCGUUCACCAAAUCGCCGCGGCGUUACUCGGACUCCUCUGGAUCCAGAGUGCUUACAUAGGUCAUGAUUCAGGCCAUUACGUCAUCAUGGCGAACGAUUGGUAUAAUCGAAUUGCUCAGAUUGUAUCCGGUAACUGUUUAACCGGAAUCUCAAUCGCGUGGUGGAAAUGGACUCACAAUGCUCAUCAUCUAGCUUGUAACAGUCUAGAUUACGAUCCUGAUAUUCAACACAUGCCUGUUUUCGCAAUCUCUACCAAAUUCUUCAACUCCAUGACCUCGAGAUUCUACGAUCGGAAACUCGAUUUCGAUCCCGUCGCUAGGUUCUUGAUCAGUUAUCAACACUGGACUUAUUAUCCAGUCAUGUGUUUCGGUAGAAUCAAUCUCUUUAUCCAAACGUUACUCUUGCUCUUCUCUAAACGUAAAGUACCAGAUCGUGCUUUAAACUUCGCCGGAAUCUUGGUUUUCUGGACUUGGUUCCCACUCUUGGUCUCGUGUCUACCGUCUUGGACUGAACGUUUCUUCUUCGUCUUCACGGCCUUCACCGUCACUGCGCUUCAACAUAUUCAGUUCACGCUUAACCAUUUCGCAGCCGAUGUCUACGUAGGUCCACCUACAGGUAACGAUUGGUUCGAGAAGCAAGCAGCAGGGACGAUUGACAUUACGUGUACAUCUUACAUGGAUUGGUUCUAUGGUGGGUUACAGUUUCAGUUAGAGCAUCAUUUGUUCCCGAGGCUACCUCGUUGUCAUCUUCGGAAAGUUGCUCCGGUGGUUAAAGAGCUUUGCAAGAAGCAUAACCUGCCGUAUAGAAGUCUGUCGUGGUGGGAUGCGAAUGUGUUGACUAUUGAUAUUUUGAAGAAAGCUGCUUAUCAAGCUCGUGAUGCGGCUAAUCCUGUGGUUAAGAACUUGGUUUGGGAAGCUUUGAAUACUCAUGGCUAA